AUGAAUCCAUUUGCUUCUUUCUUGCUUCUCUUAUCUUCUCUAGCUUUUCUCGUCUCCAUUGGUAAUGGUCAAGACAGAGCUCCCCAUGGCAUUGCUCACGAGAAUCCAAUGGCCUUCUCCCCAUCGGCUUACGAAUUCUUCCACCCCAAAACCCAAAAUCCAGACACCAAAAACCCAUGUGCAACUUCCAAAUGCUCACCAUUGCCUGUAGCAGCUGAAGUGGACUCUAACAAAGCACUUGAAACCAAAGCAUUACCACAACAGAAACCAGGGCAUCCACUCGGUGCUGGUGGAGUUGUUGCCAUUGUUUUCGGUUUGGCAUUUGUGGUGCUUUCGGCAAUGGGUGUUUUCUAUGUGAUUAAAACCCGCCGAGUUACCGCUACAAAUAAUCAACCAAACACCGUUCAACUCGAAGCCUGA